AUGGAUUCCGGUGACUGGGACGACCUCUGCCUCGAAGCUCGCCACCUCGGGGGUGACCUCGACGUCCGCCUCUCCUCCUACGCUAAGCUUGGAGCGGGUUAUGCCAAUGCGAGGGCUCUGGUGAGUAGGUUUCACUGGAAGUCGAUGGAGAUGGAGAUUGAGAACCUCUUGGAGCUGCUACUUGAUGUUAAUGAGGCCAUGAGUCGCUGCACUCCUGCCGCCACACCUGCCACUACUGUAGCUCAGAAGCUCACCCGCCACCAUGACAUCCUACACGAGUUCACCCAGGAAUUCAAGCGCACCAAAGGAAACAUAUUAUCCAUGAGGGAACAUGCUGAGCUUCUUACUUCAGUUCGCAAUGACAUAAAUGAGCACAAGGCAUCGAGUGGUGCACAUCUUGUGCCAAGUCUAUUGAGAGAGCGUGUAGCCAUACAUGAAAGAUUGAUGAGAAGCAGACACUGGAUGUGA